AUGGACAGCAUUAAGAUAGAUUCUGAGGCUUUCGAGCCUCUUGACUUGACAGCCUUUGAACAGGGGUCUCUUGACUCCAGCUACUCCUUUGUGGGGCUGACUAUGAGCACGCGAGUUAGUAAAGACCCCGAACCCUCAGAAAGAGCCAAUCAAACUGUCGCGGGAAUUGGUGUCGAGCAAUUCUUUGAAUUUUGUUUCGAUUCCGGAGUCAGGGUCUAUCCAGAAAACAAGUUCGCAAAGGGUCGGUUUCUCGGUUCCGGUGCUACGAUGGCCGUAUAUGAAGGCACCUGGAAGGAGACUGGAAGCCCAGUAGCCCUCAAAUACUUCAAAAAUGCACUGUGGGCUAGUGAGAACAUGAAGCAGUCCUCCACGCAUGAGCAUCGACGUCUGUUAGAAGCCUGUAUGCUUGAACUACGGGUUUUAUCAGAUACCCGUGCGAGAAUUCAUGAAAAUAUUCUCACUCUCGAGGCCGUUUCGUGGACUAUGCAAGACGGUGUAAUCUACCCGAUACUCAUCACAGAAUUGGCAUGUAAGAAACAUCCCACUCUAGCAAGCCUAAUCAAAGAUCUGUCGCCUUCACUUGAUAUCCGGUAUGAACUAAUUCGGGAUAUUGUCGAGGGGCUGCUACUCAUUCACGACCUGGGAGUGGUAUACGGAGACAUCAAGCCAGAAAAUAUUCUGAUAUUUUCGUCACAAUCACCUACAUCGCGUCCAAUUGCGAAGCUAUCCGACUUCGGAUUUUGUCAGGCGACCAAUACUUCUCAGCUUGAGGCUGGGGGGACGCCGUAUUGGAAUGCCCCUGAAUGCUUGUAUGAUGCACCGCCGGACCUUAAAAAGUUUGCAUUCACAACUAGCCGGGAUGUGUAUACACUGGGACUGUUGAUGGCUUAUAUAUUAACGGGGGAAAAGCCAUUUGGCGCACUCAGCAAGGAGGGUAUCAUGGAAAUGAAGUUGAGAAAUCAAGUAUUCAGAAUGAUAUCCUCAAAAAUCAAGAACAUAAGGCGCAUUCCCGGACCAAAGACCACUUUGUUGGCCCAGGCUCUGCUGGACAUCGUUCCACAGACAACUGUGAUCCUCUCGAGCAACGUUCUUAUGGGAGACAGCCCGCACACCGAAGAGAGGGACUCGCUCCGAGAAGUCGACAGUAAAUGGCGCAUCAAGGGAUCCAUUCUCACAUAUCGAUUUUCGAGGCUGGCAUCGAAUAUAGGCAGCUGGGAUCUCGACUCACAGCUUGAUGUGUCGACGCCACCAGAGUUGCGACAGCAGCUUUAUGAGCAUGCGUUGAAGGUGGCCAACCAUGGGGGUCCGGUGGACCGAGUCAAAGCCAUGGAUCGCCUGGGGAUGUUCUUCCUCAACGCCUUUGGAACCCCUAAAAGUCUUCAGAGUGCCUUCACCUGGUUCUGCCGAGCCGCAAAUGAUGGGUCCGUAAAAGGAAUGGAGAUGGUUUUUAGGAUCGAAAAAGCGACAAAGCACACCCCUUUGUCAUUGGCUGCAAGCAUAACGACGGACACCCGGGUGAAGUGGGUGAUGGCCUGUCUGCUGGGCUCUUUUACGUCUUCUUAUAAUCCUCGACUCUGUCCAGAGUGUGUAGAUAUCAAUGAUAUCGACUCGCGUGUGACUGAAGUCCUGAAAUCCGCUGACCCAACUAUGCUCUUGGAUGCAUUGCAGGACGAUAUCGAAACAAAUAUCAUAGCAUUGCGCACCAUGAACGACAAGAAGUCAAUUGCUGCGGGAAAAACGCUACAACAUGCUCAAAAGCUCUCGCAAGGUUCUCCCCACAUUCAGUCUAUCCUAGAUGCCGUCUGUGACGAUAACGAAGAGGCCCUGGAUCGUCUACUCCUGCAGAAGAGACCUCUGCCGUUAGGUUUUCUCGACCUCCUAGUGACAGUAUCGGCGGAUAGAGAUCGCCAGAGUGUUUUGAGAAGUCUGAUUCUGAACCACGGAACGAAUCCCGACACGAUCGAAAAAUUGAGUGGACGAAAAACCACCAGUCUAGAGGAUGCCAUAAUGCGUGAUGACUAUCGCAUGGCUGUAACAUUGAUAAACUGUGGUGCAGAUACAAGAAAAUUGUUGGAACAAUGGAUUAUGGACUUCGUCCUCCAAAGGGGUACUCCUACUAUGAUGCGACUUGUCCUGGGACUCUGGCUCUCCCUCGAUAUCAAAUCUGACAAUGGGAGUUCUCGGCGCACCUCCAGUAUCUGCCACCAAUUCCUCAACGGGAUCUCUGCUGCACUGCCUGUGAUGUACAAUCAACUGGCUGUGAUGUACGAUCAGACAAAAAUUCCUCCAGAUUCUAAUCAACUACCAGCGUUGUUCCACGCAGUUGCCUUUAACUUCUUGGACCAGCUGCAGGUGCUGCUAAUAAACGGAGCUGACCCUAAUAUUCGGUUCCAAGGAAUCACUCCCAUUCACCUUGCCGUAAGGCUGCUACGCCCCACAGCCGUACUUCUUUUGUUAGAGUUUGGAGCCAAUCCGAAUUCUCGCAACUCACGAGAGGGAUAUAUUACGCCUUUGCACGCUCUUUCGCAAGACUCCAUGUUCACUCUACCAGGGAUACUCGAAAGAACAAACCAAAGCGUCGAUUUCCUUGGCAGACAACAGCAGAAGGACGUAGACGACCGGACAGAGCUCAUGCAACGGAGAUCUUUGAUAAUACAUAUCCUUUUGAAAUACGACGCGGAUCCUGCAGCUUGCUGUAUUGAUGGAUUCACACCAUUAAUGAUGUCUAUGAUCAGUCCAGUUCCGGAUUCGGACUCGGUUUUUGCAUUGCUAGUCCAGAGCGGAAUAUCACUCAAUGAUCGCACAACACGCGGCGAGACUAUUUUGCAUGUUGCAGCGCGGGUGAAAGAUGUCAGUUUGCUUCGACGGAUUUUAUCUCUUGCAGGGCCGAAGCUGAUCAAUUGCCGGGACAAUACACUCUCAACUCCAUUAUUCCUCGCAGCGCAGGAUGGAGAUGCCCCGGAGGUGGUUGAGGUUCUCCUUUCCAAUGGCUCUCAGGUCGGUAUUAGGGGAAUGCUGAACCUCUCCCCCCUUGACAUUGCGCUCUUGGAAGGGAACAAGCGCAGUCUCAAUGUUCUUUUAGACCAUGUAGCGAAGCUUCCAACCGACGAGCGGCGCCGGUUACUCACUACCAGAGAUACCUGGGGGAGGACCGGGAUUCACAUCUGUCUAGCCUCGGAUGACUAUGAACUGGCAUGCACUUACCUUCGCCGAGUUCUCAGACUGGAGCGGUACUUCUCAUAUCGUUUACUCACCUCACGCGAUUACUCCAACGCCACACCCAUCGAUUAUGCCCGCAAAGUUGGAAAUGGAGCAGCCUUAAGGACAAUUAUAGAUCAUUUUAUCCCGAGCAGGCUUGGCCCUGUCAGAUUGUCAAUUCUGCCUCCGUGGCAGAAUCCAGAAUUUGCCGCAGACGAAGAUCUGAUGUUGUCUUCAUUAAAGGUCUAUCAAUCGUUGCAAAAGAUCUUGAAUGAACCAAGUCGCGAAGAAAUUGCCAGCUGCUAUGAUGCACCUGAGUUCAGUCACCCAGAAACGAAAUUGACAAUUGUAGAGGAAGAAUGGGAAAAUUUCCUCGAAGAGUGUCAGCGAGAGCAUGGAAUCAAGAGCAUAAAGGCCAUCCAAUGCAUGAACUACCUCGGCACAGCAACAGAAAGGCAUGGGCGAUUGAAAAAAGCCCAAGGCAUUUAUUUUAGAGGAUGGACAAUUGCGCGUGCGCUGUUGGGCGACCAGAGCGUUUACACUCAAGAUUUUGCGUGCAAAUUCCUUCGUGUCGCCAAGGACAGGGGAGUUGAUGAAUCUGUCAGCGCAGACAUAGCACAGUGGCAUAAGCUUCACGGACGCAAUACUUUGAAACCAAGUCAUUUUGAAUUCUGCCAUAGCGCCGAGGACGCGGAAGAAAAAGCUACUAACCUCAUGAUUGAUGACGUCCUGAAUAAGGUUUCACGACAAUGUGACCGGUGGAAAUGUGGCAAGAGAGCCAAAUUUGCGUGUCCAGGCACAUUCAUUAUUGCUCCGAGAUAUGUCGUGUCGCCGAUAUGA